AGAGGGAUACUGCGAGCCGGCGCGGGGCAGCGAGUCCGGAGCCGCAGGCCCAGACGAGGCGCGGACGGACCCACUGUACCCUGCUCCCCGCCUCCGCCUCCCCCGGUGGCCGGCUGGACCUGCACCCGGCGCUUGUCCCCGCUCCUCCUCCCUCCGCCCGGCCCGGCGCGCUCCUCCCCGGCCGGCCCCUCGGCGCGCUGGAGGCGAACGCGGACUGAGCCGAGCGCAGUGGCCGCCGACCACCGAGCGCCCCGCGCCGCUCCCUGCAUGUGCGGCCCGCGGCGGCUCGCAGCCCCCGGCAGCAGCCUCGGCAGCUUCGGCCGCGCCUCGAGAGGCGGCUGCGGCGGCUCCAGCGGCGGCCGAGCAGCCGAGCCCGGGCUGGGAGACACGAUGCGCCGCGUCCUCCGGCUGCUCCUGGGCUGCUUCCUCACCGAGCUGUGCGCCCGCGUGUGCCGGGCGCAGGAGAGAGCGGGGCACGGGCAGCUGGCGCAACUGGGCGGCGUGGUGGUGCUGGCGGGGGGCAACCGCUCCGGGGCCGCCUCGGGAGAGGUCGGCGAGGGCGCCGGGGCAUCGGACGCGCCCCCGACCCGGGCGCCCACGCCGGACUUCUGCCGGGGCUACUUCGAUGUCAUGGGCCAGUGGGACCCGCCGUUCAACUGCAGCUCGGGCGACUUCAUCUUCUGCUGCGGGACUUGUGGCUUCCGGUUCUGCUGCACGUUUAAGAAGCGGCGACUGAACCAGAGCACCUGCACCAACUACGACACGCCGCUCUGGCUCAACACCGGCAAGCCCCCCGCGCGCAAGGACGACCCCUUGCACGACCCCACCAAGGACAAGACCAACCUGAUAGUCUACAUCAUCUGCGGGGUGGUGGCCGUCAUGGUGCUUGUGGGAAUCUUCACCAAGCUGGGGCUGGAGAAGGCGCACCGGCCCCAAAGGGAGCACAUGUCCAGGGCCCUUGCAGAUGUCAUGAGGCCACAGGGCCACUGCAACCCUGAUCACAUGGAGAGAGACCUUAACAUUGUUGUCCACGUGCAGCAUUACGAGAACAUGGACACGAGAACUCCCAUAAAUAAUCUUCACACCACCCAGAUGAACAACGCAGUGCCCACCUCCCCCCUGCUCCAGCAGAUGGGCCACCCACAUUCGUACCCCAGCCUGGGCCAGAUCUCCAACCCCUACGAACAGCAGCCGCCAGGGAAAGAGCUCAACAAGUACGCCUCCUUAAAGGCCGUCGGAAGUUCUGAUGGUGACUGGACUGUAUCGACACUUAAGUCACCAAAAGCCGACAAGGUCAAUGAUGACUUCUACUCCAAGCGGCGACACCUGGCUGAACUGGCUGCUAAGGGGAACCUACCUCUGCACCCCGUCCGAGUGGAGGACGAGCCGCGGGCCUUCAGCCCGGAGCACGGCCCUGCCAAGCAGAACGGACAGAAGGCUCGCACCAGCAAGAUGCCCCCACACCCCCUGGCCUACAACUCCACCACCAACUUGAAGGGCUGGGACCCCAACGAGCAGUCUCUGCGGCGGCAGGCUUACGGCAGCAAGGCCAAGCUCGGCACGGCCGAGUCAGCCUCCAGCGACCCCUUGGGGACGCGCACGCAGCACUACCCUCCCCCACAGCCAUACUUCAUCACCAACAGCAAAACGGAGGUGACUGUCUGAGCUUUCCCGACAGGGAGCACCCUGCAGACCACACUCAGCUGAGAGAGGCAAAACAACCCCGGCCGCACCCUCCUGUCCUCCCGUCCACACACCACACACUACCCUCCAUUAAGAACCGACUCGAAGGCUACUGGUGACGCGGAAUCAUGCUUUCCUGGGUCAGACCUAACACGUGUUCAUGGGCAGCUGAGGAAGACCGGAGCAUGGACCUUCAGCAGUGCAGCAAAGGGGAAACUGAGGCACACUCUUUCAACUUCAGGCCCGAGGUGGCCAACUCGCAAGCCCAAACCACAGGGCUAAUGCUUCUUUUCUUCCUAACUCGAAACUGAAAUCCAUGAUGAGAAAAAAAGAGUAGCACAAUUUAGAAAAAUUGUCCAUUUGAGCACAUAUACCACUUGCCCUGUGCUGUCUGCUUCUGAGUAAAAAAAGCCAGGGUGCAAGGGUUGGAGAGAAUCAGGGUGGAGAUGAGGGAAGAGUGACUGGAGAAGAGUUGUUGUUGGGAGGAAUUUGCCCACAUUAGCAGCAUUUUUCUAAUCCCAAGGAGUGAUGUGGAUGCCAAAUUUUGAUGAGUGUGAGACAGUAACUGGACCCUAACCAUUAUAUUUAUAGUACUUUUCAUAUUCUCAAUGUUUAAAGCAAAAAACAACACACACUCAUACUCACACAAAAACAAACAGAUCCUGAACCCACCGAAGGGAAAAGAAAAUGUUUUAGAGAACUCCCACAGAGACUGCCACCAUGGAAGUGGGAGGACAGGAUUUUAUGGCAGGGAGAGGGUCCAGAGAAUAUUAAAUAACUUUUUAAAAAAGCAAAAUAAGAUAUAUAAGCCCACAACAAAACAGACAAGGAAGGCAAAUUAAUUUUUGUCCAAAAUCUUUAAGACUUAGGAAAUCAACAUGACAUCAACAACAAAAUUCCACAGGUGGAAAAGUUCACAGGAGGUGAAAUGGGGGCCCAGAAGCCUCCAAUUUCUGGACUCCACCUCCAAGAGCUGAAACAGAUACAGAAAAAAAGUCCUCUAUUAACUGUCUGUCCCUGACACCCCUUUCCCUUCAGCGCGUUGCCGCCGCUGCCAAAUUUCAACUGCUUCAGACUGAAAAUGUCAUAAGCGUGGGUGGUGCCUUCAAUGUGUUACUGUUGUUUAAUGACAGUCUUGUUCCCCAAGUGCAACCUGUGUUCUUUUAGCCUCUUCCCUCCUGUUUUUCUGCAGUAGUAGAAGUCGUUUUUAUCCUUCCUUUGUAGGUGAGCCCACCCCAUAACACCCUCUUGAGGGGGCUGCUACAAUGUCAGGGUACCUAAAGAUGAAGACCUUCCAACUCCCUGUGUGGUCAGAACAAGUCCUUCCAUUUCCAGCCUCCCAAACCUGUCAGACAUUUCUGGGUCCCAUAAUUCCCCCAGUCCCUCCAAAUUACCUCCCCCAGACACUUUAAUGUGUUCAUCCCCCAUCCAGAAUUUCCUGAGAGUCUUCUUCAGACUGGUUCUUGGGGUCCCAACAAAGAUAUUUUUUCCUGCUAGUUCUAUUGGUUUUAUGGAAGCCCAAAGAGGUGGGUUGAGGGAGAACAAGUCUUCAUUUAAGGUGAGAGGUUUUCAAACUCACCCCUAAGGGUCUUAGCUAGUUAUGUAACAGGAGACCCUGAGGUCCUCUGACAUCAGAAGCUUUACAUAGUCUGGGCAAACAAGACCCGGAGCACUUUCUGGAGCCCUGCACUGCAGGGCUCUGCCUCACCUGUCUCUCCACCCUGAUACCACAAAAUCAGUAAAGCCAGCUGGUUAUUCUCCUUACUCCCAGCAGACACGAGGACCCUGAUGGAAGCCUUAGCCUCCCAACUGAAACAUGGAGAAUUUGGGCUAGGUCAAGCUUUUCAAGCUUUUUGAAACAGCAAAACCUUUGCCUAUUUUUUAAAAAAGGAAACCUUUCAAUGAAGCCCUAUAUAAGAUCCCCAUGUAU